UGGUGGUGUUCAAUAAAUAAAUAAAUGUUAAUUUGCUAAUAAAACUUUUGUGGUGCUAUAAAGUGAAGAGUACAUUAGCCCUGUAAGAGAAGAGUGCAUUCAUCAAAAUAUUUUUUGUGUUUUGUAUAUUCUUUGGCAUUUUCUUCUUGUUUUCAAUGUUUGUUUGUUUGUUUGUUUUUUGUUGUUGUUGUUUUUUUCUUGUUUGUCUUCAGUUUAUUAUUGUAUUGUAUAAUGUUGUUAAAUAAAUAAAUAAAUAAAUGUUAUAUUCUCAAUUAUAUAAUAAUAUAGAUAUCAAUAUUUGUAUUAUGUUAUAUUAUUAAAUUAAAUCUUGAUUUAUUUAAAUGUACAUCAUAUACAUUUAUUUUAUAUACAAUUGUAUUACAGACAUCAAAGAAUAAAAAAACAAAAACAAAAAACUAAUAGGAUGCGUUUUGAUCUGCACGUCCUCUGGAGGGGUGAUCUCCACGCCAGUAGAUGGCAGAGCAGGCUGUGCACACAUACAUUGAACGCAUUACACGUGUAAGUGUAUAUUCUUGAUGCAUUGUCUUAAAGGAAAACAUGCCAGUAGCGCUUAUUCGUUUUUACUACAAAUGCAUCAGUCGGCAUUUAUAAACAGCAAUAUAUCACUUGUCAACCUCUUGAUUAGUGGAUUUUUUUAAAAGACGUCUUGCUCAUUUGGGGUCUAUAUUACGGUGAUCAAGUGAAAGUAUGGUCUAGUCAUCAAACCAUAUAAGGAUGUUGUUUAUGAAGAUAAAAAAGCGGCUUUAAUUCCUUUAGGCUCUAAGGUACCAUGUCAUUAUUACUAGUGUAUUAGUGUAGAAUAGUGAAGGAGUGCUGAGAUUCAGUCCUACAAUUACAACUCCCUACAUAUGUGCUCUUUCAAAAGAGAAGCUCAAGCUUUAAGCUGGUGUUUGCAGUGCAUUUGAUUGCACGAAUAUGAUGGUGGAUUAAAUGAGCUGACUUUAAAGUGGACGUUGGGACAUUGUCAGGACUCUUCUGUUUGUCAGUGGAAAUGGAGUUUUCAGGUCAUAGUCAGCAGCUCUUGGCUUGUCUGCGCUCUCAGCGUCUGCAAGGUUUCCUUUGUGACUGCGCCGUGCAGGUCGGCCCGACUCGCUUCGUAGCUCAUCGUGCUGUGCUGGCAUCUUUCUCUCCCUUUUUCCAUAUGUUCUACUCCGAUCAGUCAAUGGGAAAUACAAGCUCAGUCAAUGGAGGGCCCCUGAGAGACACAGUCACCAUUAACGGUGAUAUAGUGACCCCUCAAGCCUUUGGACUGCUUCUUGAUUUUAUGUACGACGGAGUGCUUCGAUUGGAAGCCCACCCCCCUCCAGAGGACGUGCUUGCUGCAGCCAGCUUCUUGCACAUGAAUGAUGUGGUGCGAGUUUGUAAGAGAAGACUGCAGGGUCGUGGAUUGGCCGAGGCGGACAGCACAAGAGUAGAAGUUGGAGCAAACGAGUUAGCUAAAACUGGAGAAGGGCUUGACGGGUCACCUCAAGAGGACAUGCCUGGUGCUGAGACAGAAAGGGUAUUAGGACGAGAUGGACCAGCGACAGUUGGAAACCCAUCCUUAUCAUCCUCUUUAGCACAUUGUCCUCAGUCAAUCCAACAAAUGUCACUUUAUAUUGAUACCAAGACUGAGACACAAGCAGGCAUGGGCAAUCUCCUCACACACAGUGGUGUAGAAAGUUCAGAGAUGGCUGACACUACCCAGCCAGGAAUGGAAUCUCAGUUACCGGUUAGUAAUUCUUGUCCAGGUUUGCCCGCAUGUAGUGCUUCACCUAGGCAUGACAAAACAAGAAUAUCUGCAAGAUCAGCUAGCCUUGAGUCUGCACUUUCAGGUCCAUGUAGUUCGACGGAACAAAUUCAGACAAGCACAGAGAUCCAACCUGUUGUAGCCUCUGCAAUGACACUGAACAAUGUAGAUAACACCAGCACUGCCCACUCAGUCUCCAGUGAACCUGGCAUGUUAGUGCAUACCAACAGUCUGCUGAGUCAAACCGUAAAACCCAUUCAAGACCAGAAAAAUGGACAGUUCACUGGAAAUCCUAGGUUGUCUCAACACAUCCCGAAUGAAAGGAGAAAAGGGCACAAAAUGCCUCUCACUCGAACUUCAACAAAUUCCUCAGCAGUAGGGGAGGAAAAUGAGGAUGGCAUCAAGGUGAAAGUGGAGGCCAUUGUGAUUUCUGAUGAGGAGUCGGAUGACAUGGAUGAGGUCUUGGAUCAUGGUCAAAGGAGAAAUACAGAUUUAGUUCACAGUGAUGAUUACGAAGACAGUAACCAUGAUAUUGAGGAGCUCACCAACACUCAGUUCAUACCUGCUCACCCAAUAAUUCACCUUCCCCAUCAAGAGCCCCUCUCAUAUCCUUCUUCACCGCAAGGUCCAGGUACUUCUGCGACAGACAAUACUGGCUUUCCAUCAUCUCUUUUUCCAGCCAGUUCCCAGCCAGAGCAACAGGCCAUGUACCUAGAGGAUUUUCAGGACUCUAUUGGGAACUAUGUAGAUGAUGUACCCACCUGUAACACCUGUGGAAAGACUUUCUCCUGUGCAUACACCCUGAGAAGACAUGCCAUUGUACACACCAGGGAACGACCUUAUGAGUGCAGCUACUGUUAUCGUAGCUACACACAGUCGGGAGACUUGUACAGGCACAUCAGAAAGGCACAUGAUCAUGGCCUGGCGGUCAAACGCAGCAGGGUAGAGUCGGACCCUCCCCCAUCGCCGCCCCCUCCUCAUCCACCCCAAACAUAGCCAUUAUUUGUGGCCCAAUCUUUUUAUCAGCUCUUUCAGAAAAUUACACAAAAUGCAUAUAAAGGGUUUUUCAUAAAUUACCACCUCCACACUUCUACAUUGGUGUAAUGUUUUAAAACAGGGCAGAUGCUUUGGAAGGGAAUCCACUUGACUGUCCCUAUGCCGUCCACAAACUUUUUUUUAACAUAAAAAUCUCUUUGGUAUUAUUGGACUUUAAGAGUUACACGUUUUUAAGUUUUUUAUCGUAGUGUAUGUGGACAAUCUGGUAAGAGUUAAACAUGUUUUUAAGUUUUUUAUCUUAGUGUAUGUGGACAAUCUGGUAAGAGUUAAACAUGUUUUUAAGUUUUUUUUAUCAUAGUGUAUGUGGACAAUUUGGUUUGAAUAUUUAUUCCUAAAGUAUAUCCUUCUCUAUAAAGUGCCCUUGAGAGAAUGGAAAGGUAAGAAGUACAGUUGUGCUCAAAAGUUUGAAAUUGUGAAAUGUUGGCAUUGAUUUGGAAAAUAGGACUGAUCAUGCAAAAAAAAAAAACUGUCUUUUAUUUAAGGAUAGUGAUCAUAUGAAGCCAUUUAUUAUCACAUAGUUGUUUGGCUCCUUUUUAAAUCAUAAUGAUAACAGAAAUCACCCAGAUGGCCCUGAUCAAAA